CUUGCCCGGGACUGCACACACUCUUCCCAGCUGCUGCCGAGAUGAAGGCCCUACUCAGCCUCCUCCUCCUCCUCCAGCUGCUCUUUGCCAUGAGCCAGGCCCAGUGCCCGGCCCCUGCGGACCUGAAGAACCCCAACGGCACCAGGAUCUGCUCCCAGAUGUAUACCGACGACAGCCCCUACUAUGACCUGUGCUGCGCGGGGAGCGUUCUGGUGGUGCCAGCUGGGGAAGACCAGCCCUACAUGCCCACAGCUUUCAACAACAAGAUCUCCUCACUGGUGGUGGCAACGCGCUGCGAGCUCACUGUUUGGUACAAGAAGGGUAAAACUGGCAGCACGCGAAAAUUUAAAACGGGGGCCUAUCCUCGGCUCCAAGAAUACAAAAGAGGGCUCUUUGGUAACUGGAACGACGCCAUCUCCGCUUACUACUGCAAGUGCACCUGAAUUGGCCAAGCUGGCGCGGAAGGAGCCGAGAAGGGAGCUGCCACCACCCUGCCCGCCCUUGCCAAGGUGACCCCCGGAGCCCCCAGUGUCUGAAGGUCCGAUGCAAAUGUGCGGACACCGCCUUCCCAGAAUCUCCUCUCCUGCCCACGUCUCAUAACAGCAGCAGAGCAAAACCGAAGAUCUCGGCGUCCCGAUGAAAGGGAGACCUGGAAUCCGCUCUGCAGCAGGCAAGAAUUGGCAGGUUCCCCCUGUGAACUGGAGCAUCAAGAUAAGGCAGAAAAACAAGAAGGAGGCGUGGAUUAGUGUCCAGCUCCCCCUGUUAACAGCGGCGGCAAAUGUAUUUGAUCGGCCAAGGACCUUCUUCUCCACUUCGAGCACGGUCAGGUUUGUCACCUUGUGUGGAAGAUUUGUUCCCGCGGAUGCCUUAAGAUCUUUCACGCAGCGCUUUGUUCUCCUCUCCUCCAACUUCAAAGGCAUUUCCCUCCCCAAGAGCCACUUGGAGCAGAUGGCCCUUCCGUCUCAGCCCAGCCUUUAUUGUCGUGCCUUGCCAUUGGAAACAUAAUUAAAAGCAUGGAAACGUGACUCUCAAAA